AUGGUGUUGCUCGAGACUCAUCAAGCCAUCUCUGAGAACAAUCCAUCCAGCAGAAGUGAAAUGGCGUCGCUCAACAAGACUUAUCAAAUCAACCGAACAGAAGAGAAAUGGAGUAUGUCAAGACUUUGUAUCAAGCCAUCUCUGAAAAGAAUCGAUCCAGAAGAAAAGAAAUGGUGUCCCUCAAGACUCAUCAAGCCAUCUCUGAGAAGACUCCAUCCAGCAGAAGAGAAAUGGCGUCGCUCCAGACCCAUCAAGUUGUCGUUGCUUUAUCAUUACAGACUUAUCAAGCCAUCUCUGAGAACAAUCCAUUCUGCACGAACUCGUGCUCAGACGCGUGAAGGGACCAGGGUACCAGUGGAGACCGUACAUUCCGACGCAUCAAGUGCGGGCAUGAGUCGCAAGGGAGACAGCGUAACCUCCACCAUUUCUCGCCAUUCUCAUUCGACUAGAACAGCUUCAGCCGUUUCCUUGGCCCGAUUGGCGAGAUAUCGCAAAUUUGAAAUCGACAGUGAUGAAAACAAAGAUGCCCCGGAUUCAGACCAUGAUGCUACACUUUCAGAUGGAGCCCCUUCCAGAAACCCUCGAGGACCACAACCCGACACCGAGCCAGAAGAUACAGAACCUGAGGACCAAGCUGAGUUGACCGAUAAUGAAGAGGAGGAAAGAGAGGUCCCACUCAGCGCUUGGGUCCAUCUCCUGACAAAUCACUGUCAAGUGAACAGCAAGCAAGACAACAUCAUCUGUGGCAAGCUAAAGAGCAAGUGCCGACUCCGCCUCCACAAAGAACUUCAAAGCAGUGGCGAACGGGCAGCCCCACGUUGGUAUGAAGGAGUCCCGUCUACCAAGGACAUUUACAAGGAAACAGGGGAAUUUAUUAUCCACGGUCAACAAUAUGACGAAGAGGAAGAACAUGAUGACACCGAUGUCAAUACUAGCAAAGUGGAUUCUGAGGGACAAUUCUUGGAUGGCUCGGACGACGACCACCAAGACGACCUUGACCAAAUCAAUGAACUGAUCGCUGAGAUUGAAGAGGCCAAGUUGAAGAAGCUGAAAGCGGAGAAGGCAAGACUGGAGGCAAAGAAGGCGGCAAGCCAGUCUCCUCGUAAGAAGAAGCGCAACCUCCCAGAGGAAAGUUCCCAUUGCAAGAAAGAGGACACUGAAGGGAACUACGCCUAA